GGACAAGAAGAGGUAACGACCGUCCCACCAACGCCCCACUUGGGGUCCUUGCACCAUUCGAGUCUUGCGGUCUGGCCAGUGAGGAUGGAUUUGCCAAUGUCAGGAGAUCAGACGAUGAUGCGGGGUGCAGAUGGGCUUUUUUUUCUUCUUUUUUUUCACCUGAAGUACUACUUACCUGACGGAUCCUUGCUUCUUUCAACCCCUCCGUGACAUCGAUCGAUCUGAUUGUGGAUUGAAUUUGAUACCUGGUUUACCUCUUUUAUCAGGGCUGGUCACUUUGAGUGGAAUCAUUUUCCGUUUCUCUCUUGCUUUCAAGACACUGAUAAUAAUUUGGUGAGACGUGGAUUACUUUUUCCGUCGCCAUGGGCUUCUACAAUCCCUUCGCUAAAAGGGAAUCGCAUGGACGCAUCUCCCUGACAAGCCAUCGUGUGCUCGUUCCCCUCUCGUGGGCUCUGGUGCUCAUCGUGGGCCUCUACUAUACCGCCAACUCCCCAGACGAUGUCAAACAUGGCCAUAAGCUCUGGAAACAGGCGAACAAGCACACCACUCCGUUCAGCCUGAACACGACCAUCACAGAGAUCUACUGGAUUCUCCUUCUCCUCUCCCAGCUCAGCUAUGUCUACCAUCUAUUCCAUAAGGACGCGGCAAUCGUGUCCGCCACCGCCAACGUCGGAACGCAUUUCAUCCUGAACAACCUCUUCGUCUUCGCCUGGAUCCUGCUCUGGACCCGCAACCACUUCUGGGGCUCUGAGAUCAUCCUCAUGGCCCACUUUGUCAACCAACAUGUCACCUACUGGCGCCACCGCGCCCUGCCACCGCUGGUGCACCUGUCCGCCGUUGCUGGGCCCUUCGCCUGGACUCUGGUGGCCCUGUUCUGGAACGGCGCGGUGGCUGUCCACAGCCACGGGCUUGCCGCCCGCAUUGCCGCUAACGUUUUCAUCUGGGUGAUUUUCCUGGUCGGCUCGACGCACAUUUCUGUCGGCAAGGACGACCUUCUGGGCUAUUGUUUGAGUUUCUUGAUGCUGGGCCUUGCUGUCGAGCAGAUCACGAUCAAGAUUAUCUCGCUGCAGUGGAUCUUCGCGUUUGUCAUCUUCGCUAUCUUCAUGGUGGAGUCGCUUUAUAUCUCCGGUAUGAAGUACUCGAACCGCGACGCUUUCUUCCGCCAGAUUAUUGCGCCGUCUGAAUCUGCGGACCGUGAGAGAGAGCCGCUGCUUAAUGAUCCGGUUUAGCUGCCUCGUCCGUAGUUUGAGGGACUGGGGUCGGUGUGAGUUUCUGGAGAUGAUUACGCAUUUACCUUGUUCUCUCGAACUUUGAGGAGCAGGGGUUGUGGCCUUGUCUAUGCUCUAUUGCUCUAGCCAAAGGAGAGUGGAUAGCAGUACUAACACAGCUAGUCCUAGUGAGCUCUUGCGGGGCGUGGGACCGCCACUGGUUCCAAAGUCUGCUGUCUCUAUGUUUGCUUGUGAAUUUUAUGAUGGGGGAGAAAGCAGUUCUCAGUUCGAGAACAGAUGUGACACUUGUACUACUGCAGAAAAAUAUUUAUGAUGAACAAAGAUUGUACCUUAGCUCUAUGGUUUACGUUGCUUAUGUCGAUUAAAAAUGAAUUACUUAUGAACCGCAUUA